UUCAAAUGCCGGCGGGCACGCUCUCUCUCUCUCUCUCUCUCUCUCUGUUAUCUGAAGUUCUCUCCUCAGACUCUCUUAUCUUAUCCUCCUUCUCUCCCCUGCAUGAAAAUCUUCUUCAGAAUGGACAAUCCUUGAAUGGUUAUUGCCCACUCAGCAUGACUGUGAACUUGACGUUGUAUCAUCGUAUCUUGACUUGGAUCUGCUGACAUUCUUGUUUGUGUGACUUUCUGACGUCCGAUGUAACGUACUAUUUCAGAAACUCGGGGGGAGGAUGAAACGUAUGCCAGCCGUGCCAGUCAGAUAGCGCCGAGUUAACAAAAACUCUCCUGUAAACCAAGACGACUUACGUGGCCGGGCGAGGCGGCGGAUGAAGAGGGGACUUUCCUAGCCGUCUUGUUAAGGUCCUCUCAUGUCUGGAUGCUUGGGUUUCACAUCCUAGCAUACAGUCUAUCUCUCAUGUGCUCCUCAAUUCUGUUUUUGUGUGCAUUAAACUCGGUCUUGAGCAAAAA